CGCCCCUCGGAGGCGGCGGCCGUGUUGUUGUUGUGGCGGCGGCGGCGGCGGCGGCGUCGCUCUUGCUCUUGCUCGCGCUCGCGCUCGGCGGCGGGGUGCGCGCCGGAGGAUUAAUUUGUUUUUGGAAAUCAAGUGCAAUAUUGAGAGGAAAACAAACCACACUACAUUAUUGGAAGCCAUUUCUGCUUAUUUUUCGUACAUUUUAAAAUUUAUGAUUUAAUUUGAAUACUAUCAUGGGAGGAGCUGUGAGUGCUGGGGAAGAUAAUGAUGACUUAAUUGAUAACUUAAAAGAAGCUCAGUAUAUCCGCACUGAACGAGUGGAGCAAGCCUUCAGAGCAAUUGAUCGCGGAGAUUACUAUUUGGAAGGCUACCGGGACAAUGCUUACAAAGACUUAGCCUGGAAGCAUGGCAACAUACACUUGUCAGCACCUUGCAUUUAUUCUGAAGUUAUGGAAGCUUUGAAACUUCAACCAGGAUUAUCUUUUCUUAACCUGGGAAGUGGAACCGGAUAUUUAAGUACAAUGGUGGGCUUAAUUUUAGGUCCUUUUGGAAUAAAUCAUGGGAUUGAACUUCAUUCAGAUGUGGUGGAAUAUGCCAAGGAAAAAUUGGAGAGCUUCAUCAAAAAUAGUGAGAGCUUUGAUAAAUUUGAGUUCUGUGAACCUGCAUUUGUGGUUGGUAAUUGCCUCCAGAUAGCAUCAGAUAGCCAUCAGUAUGAUCGGAUUUACUGUGGAGCGGGAGUUCAGAAAGACCAUGAAAACUACAUGAAAAUACUACUAAAAGUUGGUGGUAUUCUUGUCAUGCCGAUAGAAGACCAGUUAACACAAAUUAUGCGAACUGGUCAGAACACUUGGGAAAGUAAGAACAUCCUUGCUGUUUCAUUUGCUCCACUUGUACAACCAAGUAAGAAUGACAAUGGCAAAUCGGAUUCUGUUGGGCUCCCCCCCUGUGCCGUGAGGAAUCUACAGGACUUGGCUCGUAUUUACAUCCGCCGCACUCUUAGAAAUUUCAUAAAUGAUGAGAUGCAGGCCAAAGGAAUUUCUCAGAGGGCUCCACCGAAAAGGAAAAGAAAGAGAGUUAAGCAGAGAAUUAACACUUACGUCUUUGUGGGUAACCAACUUAUUCCUCAGCCUUUAGACAGUGAAGAGGAUGAAAAAAUGGAAGAAGAUAACAAAGAAGAGGAAGAGAAAGAUCACAGUGAAGCUAUGAAAUCGGAGGAGCCACCUCAAAAUUUACUGAGAGAAAAAAUCAUGAAGCUGCCCCUCCCAGAAUCCUUAAAAGCUUACUUGACAUAUUUCAGAGAAAAGUGACUUAGAUCAAGAAGAAUAGCUACUGAUAAUUCCUUUAGUAUUGAAAAUGUAGUAUUGUUAGGAGUCACAGAAUUUUUUUCUUUCAUCAGAGCAAAUUAUAUAUACAUAUAACUUGUUGCUGUCUUAGUAAUAAAUGAUGUAAUUAGUGACUUAAAAGAACUCCUUUUAUAAAAUCUAUUUUUCUUUAAAUCGGGAAAAUUGCUAUUUCAGCUCCGUGAUUUCAAGAGUGGAAUGCAACAAUAGUCAAGACUCAAUGUACUGUAAAUCCUUUUCUGAUUCCUUACAGAUUUGUAGUGGUAAGGGUUAGACUUGAUUUUAUAUAAGGUUAAAUAAUUGUUUUGCUUAUAUAUCCUGAUUUAAAUUGCAAUUCUUUGCAUUUCCUCUAUGAAAACUUUUUAUCUAUUAAGGCUAUCAAAUGUAUUGUAGACCCACUUACCAUACUUUUGUUGCAAUCACUAUUGCAGUUUCUUUAGAUGUAUUCCGGGCAAUAUGAGUGCAAUAGCAAUACAGAUAUUGAAUAAUUUAGCUUUAAAACAAAUUUCGUAAAAUUCCACAGUACUGCUCUUUUCUUUUGAAUAUAUUGCCAAAAGACCUGGGUGAAAUAACUGCUUCUCGGAGAUUUUUAAGAGCAUAUCAAGUGACUAUUAAAAUACAUUAAAUAUAGCUCUGAAUUUGUAUGGACCCUUUACAUUUUCAGUAUUCAGGAUUCAUGAGGUUCUCUUGCUCUCUGGAGUUUAGAAGGUAGUAUGUGUAGCUUUGUUUUUCCAGUCCACUGUAUUAAGCAUUAGGUUAAAAAAAAAAUCACUGUUGUGACUGCUAACAGUGGUCACUUUGGGGAGUAGCUGCAGUAGGGCCAAUGUAGAUUUGGUCAGCAGGUGCACUUUAGCAAAUGGAACUUCUAGGUCAUCUGAAUGUUUAGUUCUUAACAAAAUAGGACAGAGCUAGCCUACUGUUACUUUGAAAUUCAUCUUGGUAGAAGAAAUGUUCACAGAAAUGGUAUGUAAAUAAAUGCCUUUUUGAAGAUCCUGUUCAGAAUCACAGUGUAAACUUGGGACCUUUGUUACGCUCAUUUCACCGCUUCCCAUGCUAUUUUAGUUUCUUUUGAUAAAAUCAUGAUUUUCCUUUUUUGCCCUUAAUAUCACAUACUUAAGCUAAUCAAUAUUUGAAUGUUAGAUGUAGUUUGUCAAGGAUAAAACCAGUGGUAAAAGCCAUGAUUAGUUUCUGUUCUUCCUACAAGAGCCAGAAAACAAUCAUUCCUUGUUAAGAAAGUAUGUGGUGUAACACUUAGUUUUUAAUGUUACACAGAUUAUCUUUUUUGGGGGGGUCCUACCUGGUGGCACUCAGAAGUCACUCCUGGCAGGCGCGGGGGACCAUAUGGGAUGCCGGGAUUCAAACCGAGGUCCAUCCUGUGUUGAUUGCGUGCAAGGCAAACGCCUUACUGCUAUGUCAUCGCUCUGGCCUCAGAUUAUCUAAUUUUUUAAGAAAACAUUUGAGAGCAUAGCUAAUUACCACCAGCAUCACUGUUAUUGUAGUUGAUCAAAUAUGCUUAAGAAAACUCAGUAUGCAUAGGGAAAAGAUAACUAUCUCUCUGCUAAGAUUGAACUGCUGCUAAAUAUAUAGAUGGUUUCAAAACUCUUCACACUCAGAAUUUUACACAUCUAAAAACAAGUCUUUGAAUUAUUCUAAGUAUGAAUUAUUCCAAGUAACAAAGGGUAUUUUAGUCAAAUGCAAGAUUAUUUCAUGGAAGAUAUUUAUUUUAAAUAAGUGAUUAGAGCUAAGAAUUGAAGGGUGAGUAGAUCUCCACUUUAGAUGAUUACCAAUUUUUUAAUUUUAAGCAAUUCCUGGUUAUAUUUCUCUCAAGGAAAAAGUUUGAUACAAUUGUUUUCUGUCAGAAAUGUCUAUUUUAUUUUGAAUUAAAUGUUCAUCUGAUAAAUAAACCAGGGAGGCUGGUUAUAUUACCACCCCUAUUCAGCCACUCACCUCUUUGUUACAACUGCUGUCUGAAUUUAUAAACAUGAUAUAUUCUUAAAUGAUUUAUCAUUUAUGAGAGUAUUAUUUGAAGAUUAACUUUCCAUCAUUUUCCUUCUAUUGACCUUAGCAAAUCAUCCAGUAGAUUUUCAUGAGUAGUGCAUAUAUUCCAUCAUUGAAACAUAUCUUUCUUUUAAAUACAUUUUAUACUUGUGGUUAUUAUUGACUUUAAGUAGAAAUGAAAUAUGGACAUUCAAAAGAAAUACCUUCUAUCUUCUAAUAGGGGUUCUAUUGUAAUAUUGUGGGUUUGUGUUUAUUUUACAAUGAAUUCAUGUUUACUUUAAGAUAAUUAUGAAUAAUAGAGGGAGAAGUAGCAAAUAAAAUGAAGUAAAAUUGUAUGAUGUGAUGAGGAUUAUAUUCUUGGUAUUUUAAAAACAGAUAAACAAUAAAUAAAAAUAAUUUA